CCGAGCAGAGAGAAGAGCGAGCUGGGGAGAGCGAGACCAGUUUGAAGGGGAGGGCAGGCAGAGUUAGCAGCCCCCGAGGCUCUCCUCUCCCACCGCCCAUCCCUUUCCUCUCUUCUUCUUCUGCUUCUCUCUCAGCUCUUAACUUUCCCCCGAGAACCCCCUAUUUAGCCAAAGGAAGGAGGUAAGGGGAACCCUCUCCCCUCCCCCUCCAAAAAAAUAAAACAAAACUUUUCCAGUCCGGAGAGAGCAGGGGAACGAUUGGGCACCGGGUUGGCCAUGGAGCUGCUGUGCUGCGAGGUGGACCCGGUCCGCAGGGCUGUGCCGGACGCCAACCUGCUCUACGACGACCGCGUUUUGCAGAAUUUGCUCACCAUCGAGGAGCGCUACCUUCCCCAGUGCUCCUACUUCAAAUGCGUGCAGAAGGACAUCCAGCCCUACAUGCGCAGGAUGGUGGCCACCUGGAUGCUGGAGGUCUGUGAGGAACAGAAGUGUGAAGAGGAGGUCUUCCCUUUGGCCAUGAAUUACCUGGACCGCUUCUUGGCUGGAGUCCCGACUCCUAAGACCCAUCUGCAGCUUCUGGGUGCUGUCUGCAUGUUCCUGGCCUCCAAGCUCAAGGAGACCAUCCCCCUGACGGCAGAAAAGUUGUGCAUUUACACUGACAACUCCAUCAAGCCUCAGGAGCUGCUGGAGUGGGAGCUGGUGGUGCUGGGGAAGUUGAAGUGGAACCUGGCAGCCGUCACUCCUCAUGACUUCAUCGAGCACAUCCUCCGCAAGCUGCCCCAGCCCAACGAGAAGUUGUCUCUGAUCCGCAAGCACGCACAGACCUUCAUUGCUCUGUGUGCCACUGACUUUAAGUUCGCCAUGUACCCGCCAUCAAUGAUCGCAACUGGAAGUGUGGGAGCUGCCAUCUGUGGGCUCCAGCAGGAUGAGGACGUGAGCUCGCUCACUGGCGAUGCCCUGGUAGAUCUGCUGGCCAAGAUCACCAACACAGACGUGGAUUGCCUCAAGGCCUGCCAGGAGCAGAUCGAGGUGGUGCUGCUCAACAGCCUGCAGCAGCUCCGUCAGGACCAGGGCGAUGGAGCCAAGUCGGAGGACGAACUGGACCAAGCCAGCACCCCCACAGACGUGCGGGAUAUUGACCUGUGAGGAUGCCAGUCGGGCCGAACGGGAGAGACGUGUGCAAAUCUGCUCUCUCCUUCUCUCUGAUUGUGUUUUGUUCUUUAUGUUUUAGGAUGAAACUUAAAAAAAAAAUUCUGCCCCCACCUAGAUCAUAUUGAAAGAUCUUUUAGAAGUGAGAGAAAACGGUCCUAUAAAAACGGAAUAAUUAAAAGCAUUUGGUGCCUAUUUCAAGUACAACAGAAGGGAAUCCCUUGUAUAUGCGAACAGUUAUUGUUUGAUUAUGUUAAAAGUAAUAGUAAAAUGCUUACAGGAAAACCUGCAGAGUAGCUAGAGAAAAUGUACGCCUGCAAUAUGGGAACAAAUUAGAGGAGACUUUUUUUUUCAUGUUAUGAACUAGCACAUAUACAUCCCUUUUAGUAUAAUUUCAAGGAACUGCGUAUGCCAUUUAUGGCAGGAUUAGAUUGCAAAGCGAUGAACUCAAGAAGGAAUUAGAAAUAAGGAGGGACAUGAUGGGGAGGGAGUACAAACCAAUCUCUCAACGUGACUGAAUCAUUUUGGUUGUAGAAACACCUUUGCUCUCGACCACCUGUUUGUUACUAAGUCAGGAGCAUUACUGGGUCUCUAGUUACAAACUUGCUGUCUAGAGUAGCUGCUACCUAAAAAAGAUGUUUGAUUUUGCCAGUUGGACACAGGUGAUUGGAUCCUGGGUUUCCUGGGGUUUGACAUCUUGGUUCUUCUUCCAAACAUGGUUCAUUGCAGACACCACCAUAUUUUUAUCUAAGGGGGCAAUCUAGCUAUGGGCCAUAACCAAAACUCAUAUGAAAUGGAGGCAGAUGGAGAUCAAGGGUGGGAUCUGGAAUGGAAUCUUUUCUGUUAAUGUAUUGAAGAGAGUAAUGUGACCUUGGCAUCCCUUACUAAUUUUUGGUGCUGAUUGGCAUGUCUGGUCCACAGUUUAGCAUUGUUAUAAACCAUUCCAUUCGAAAAGCACUUUGAAAAAUUGUUCCUGAGGGAUAGAUGGGAUGGUUUAUGCAAAUCGUGCUGAAUAGACUCCUCCCCUUUUUCUCCUGUGCCCUUUCCCCUCCUGACCCCAGUCGGGUAACUGUUCACCUCUGGUAUCUGACAUUCUCUGGUACAUAGUUCUGGUGUCCCUACCAGGAUUCAAGAGACACCCCUUUCCGCUGACAUUCCCAUCACAACAUUCCUCAGAAAAGCCUAAAAACAAAGAUCUGUUACCAUUUUGAUGGCACAGAAGGAUCUUAAUUCCCACCUAUAUACUUCUCCUUUGGACAUGGAAAGAAAAGUUAUUGCUGGUGCAAAGACAGACAGCUGACCAUCACAGUGUGGCAUUUGUUCCCUUUUCCGUUUUUUGUUAAUUUCAUUGCAAAGUUGUAUUCAGCGUACUUGAAUUUUUUUCCUCUCCACUUCUUAGAAGCGUUCAGUUAGCAAAGAGGUUGGAGCAACAACCUUUUUUUUUUUUUUGCACAAUUAUAAUUGACAGGUAAUGAAGCUAUUUGUUAAAAUAUUUGCCUUUUUUAAGUAAAAAAGAAAAAUCAGAACAGGGCUACUUUGAAGAAUUAUUUUAUACACAGAUUCUGCCUUGUUUCGUAGUAUGAGGGUUGAAGAUGGAGAAAAAUCUAAGGGUCUCUUAUUUUUCAUUUUAUUGUGUUCAGUUUUUAUUAUUAUUUUUUUUUUUGCGCUGCUAAGAAGCUAAGAUCAUUCAUCCUUAUUCACAUUAACAGUACCUAGCUGUAAUGUUUCACAGAGUGUGCUGCUAUUUUAUAAACAUUUUUAUAAUAUAUUAUUUUACUGCUUAAAUUCCAAGUCCUGAAGUAGAUGGUUGAGAUAUGAGUUCUUCAUACUGGAAAAGCCCUUCCAUAGUUUGUUUUCUUCUGGUAGCGUAUUCAUGGUUUUUUUUUUCCUUUUUGGGUUUUUUUUUUUUUUCUCUCUGAUCACAUUCUUCAAAGACAGAGUAUUCUUUACCUCAGGUUUACUGGACAAAAUCAACAGCUACAAAAGACAAUGAUUCAUAUUUUUGUUUUCAUAAUACCUCACAACCGUACAGUUUCUGCUUGGGAGCCCAUCAGCGUGGAGACAGAGGCGGGGAGGAGGCUGCAUGCCCCUCAGGUGGAAGGAGGGGUGGGUUUGGCCCCAGGGUCUCACACCCAGGGACCUGUUCAGUCAGGAAGGUCAUCGGGCUUCCAUUUUGACUCCGGUAUCCUCAUCAUGAUGGAAAAAAUACAAUUGAACCAAGGGAUUUCCCCUCCCCUGCAAGGCAGACAUUCAGCACAAACACUGAGGCAGUGGAGUAGGUAGUCAUAAUUUGCACUUAGGUACCAGGUAUCAGGAGACAGACUAAAAAGAAUUCCAGCAGGCUGUCUGGAAAUCCUCAUCUGGUGGCCCUUCUAAUGCAGGGCUUUCAUCUGCUUAGGGUCCUUUCAUCUUGGAAGUUUUCCCCUGUAUCUUUCCCCGUCCCUGACCCGGGCAUCCCCAGUUUAGGAUAAUCUCAGAGGUUUUCUAGGUCUGAAUCUGUGGGUAUAUGAAUCUGUAGCAGGCGGCGUUGCGGGGGUUCCUUCUCCCACCCGUCUUGGACUGCGGCAAUCAAGCACUAUGCAAGGCCAGGUCCUCUGCUGAGUGUCACUCAAUGGUUUUCAGGUUUUAAAUUGCAUUGAAUUGGCAUGAUUGGAAAAAUAGGUCAGAUGAGUAUCGGGUUGGUCGUGGAAGGGAGGUGGAACGGCUGCUUCUCUACAGAGAGGCAAUUCCAGAUGAGUCAGUCUCUCUUGAAGUGUGUUUAGAAGGGUUCAGGAUUUGGUGAGUUAGCAUGACCCUAAAAUUCUAGGGAGUUUCUGGUGGGCAGUGGGUGGUGAAUUCUGAAGUUUUGGAGAGGAAAGCUGAACAGCCAGUGUUGUAUCAAGAGCCCGCUUUGCACAGGACUCUCUCCUGGGCCCUGAGGAGUCCCAAAGAAUGGAAGAAGGCAUGGUCCGUAGAGUUCUUGGGAGUCUUGGAGCCUAAAGAGAAAACAUGGUACACGUUCAUUUAACAGUGACUAGCCCUUAGGCUCACACUGAAGUAGCAAAUGAGAGAACCUGACAAAUAAGGAAGGGAACAGGCCUGCAGACUCUCCCUGCAUCUGUAACUUUCCACUUUUCCUGGAGCCCCGGGGGCCAAUGGGGCCUUCUAGCUUUUUCUUCUUCCUGGAGCCUAGUGUGAUGGGAGCUGUGGGGUUGCUGAUGGGGAAGGUGCUAGCUUGUGUGGCUUUUCUUCUUGCUCCCUCCUUAAACAGAAGAAGGAACCCUGGAUUUGUUCAAGUGGCUAGUACCCUCUUAAUCUUGGGUCUUGGUUUCCUUGGUAGGACUUUUGUCCCAGGGGAGUUCACUUCUCCCUGUGGAUUCUGUUUUUCUCUUUCUCCCCUCCCACUCAAGGGGUUCCAGACCUAGUCUGGUCUUGUUCUACCUUGUCGUCUUUCUGUCUCUUCUCUACUUCUUCCUUUCUCUGUUUUUCUCCAUCAGUUGGGGCUAAGUUGUUCCCCUUGCCUGCCAAAUUUUGUUCCUUCCCCUAUUUUGGCCAAAUCGUAGGGGGGAAAAUUCUAGUAUGCCAAAAAUAUAUGCUAAGCAUAAUUCAGUCCAUGCAGGUUCAUAACAGCCAAGUAGCCUGCCGAUGGACGCAGGGGACAUAUCGCUCGGCAGAAUGUCUCCCCGUCCUGAGAGGAGAGCUCCUCUGAGAAGGGGCUUCUCUUAGAGGACGCUUUAUUCUGGAACUGCCCCAGGACCCCACUGAAGAGCUCACCAUGUCUCACAGCCAGGUCCCCUGUGGUCCCUGUGCAGGAGGCUCUGUCCUGCCUCUUUUACCCCCCAGGUCAGGGGCCCUCGUGGCUCGGAGGAGGCAGCCCUGACAGUGCCACCCUGUGUCCCUUGCGAGCAGGAUGGCUUCUCCUCAGAGGCAGCCGCAGCUCUCCUGGGGUCCGGCACCUGUGGGGCCUUUUCACCUCACUCUGGGACUGACAGGUUAAGCACGUCAGGCACGAUCGGGGGACUUUCUCAAAGAGGGCAGAGGAAUUUUCUCUCUAUGGGCCACAGGGGCCAGGGCUGGGAGAAGAAAUAGACUUGCACCUUAUGUCAUGUAAAUAAUGAUUUUCUAGUUCAAGAAGAUAAUAUUGGUAGUGUGGGAAUGGGAGGUAGGAAUGGGGAGGAAGUCUGAGUAAGCCAGUUGGCUUCUAAGCCAAAAGGAUUCCUCUUUGUUUAUCUUUGAGACAGUCCAACCCUGAGAAUAGCUUUAAAAGGGAAAUUAGUGCUGAGACGGUGAAGUCCCCUUAAGCCGGCAAACUCCAUAGCUAUAGAGUGGGUGCAGGCUUCUAUCCAUGUGGGCUCAGGGCGGCUUUCGAGAGCUGCUCAGGCCGUCAUCCGUUUGUACAACAUAGGGCAGGAAGAUUCCAGAGGAUUUUAUGACUUCCUCGUACCAUGUGGCUUUUCAUGAUUCUGGAUUUUCAACAACCCAGAACGGUCAUUUCAGCCCGAACAGUUCUCCUACAUUUGUGUGUCUCUGCUUUUAGACUUGGCUGGGCCGUCAGACCCGAUUCUUGGCUCAGGUCUCAAGAAGCCAUCAACAAGUGUACACGUGCACGCUGGAGCUGCAGCAUUUACUCCCUUGCCUGCAGCCUACUUUGGGGGAAAAAAGUGCCUUACUGACUGUAGCCAUUACAGUAACCAAUAUAUUUUGACAGGUGCCUGUCCUUAAAAAAAAAAAUUUGUUUUUUGGGUUUUUUUUAAAUUGGUUUUAGUUCUUACUGGCCAACUCUUCAAUCCCCAGCAAAUCACUGGGCCAUUGGAUUUUUUCCAUUAUGUUCAUUACCCUUGUACCAUGUACCUCAGAUCUCUCUCUCAGUUACAGUUUCUCGUCUUGGACUUCUUUUAUUAUUAUUAUAAUUUUUUUUUUUUUUUUUGCUUUAAAAUGAGUGUGAUGCCAUAUCGAGUCAAUGUUAUUCUCUCACAGUGUACUCUAUAAGAGGUGUGGGUGUUUUAUUUGGUCGGGAUGCUAGCAAGUGCUAAAGUAGCAUGAUCGGUAUAAACAAGAGGUUUUUAGGAAGUAUGGAAAAAUGUUUUAUUGGCUCUGAUGGUGACGUGGUAUAGUCAGCUACCUUUUAAGAGGUCCUAUCUGUUCAGUGUUAAGUGAUUUUUAAAAAUAAUAACCUGUUAUCCUGAGUAGCUUAAAGAUGGAUUUGAAAAUGGUUUUGGAUGCGAUUAGGUUAUGCUAUUUGGACAAUAAACUCACCUUGACCUAAA